AGCAGGUGGCGCUCAGUGUCGCCCUGGGAAGCGGCCAGCUCGGAGCGGCCUCGGCCCGACCUCGCAGCGCGCCGGACAUGGGCUCCGCGGGCACCGCGCUGCCGCCUCUGCUCCUCGCGCUCGGCAUUCUUCAUAACUGCUGUGAAGCCUACAAUGUUGGGCUCCUGGAAGCAAAAAUAUUUUCUGGUCCACCAAGAGAGCAGUUUGGAUAUGCAGUUCAACAGUUUAUAAAUGAACAAGGCAAAUGGCUGUUAGUUGGUUCACCCUGGAGUGGCUAUCCUGUGAACAGAACUGGAGAUAUAUAUGCAUGUCCUGUUGGUGUGUCCAAAAACACAUGUAAAAAAUUGAAUUUACAAGCUUUAAUAAAUAUUCCAAAUGUGACUGAAAUUAAAGACGACAUGAACCUUGGCUUGACUCUGAUACAGAACUCAAAAACUGGAGUAUUUUUGACUUGUGGUCCCUUGUGGGCACAGCAGUGUGGAAGACAGUACUACGCAACAGGAGUUUGUUCGGAAAUCAGCCCAAGUUUUGAGAUCCUAAGAAGCUUUUCUCCAGCUCUUCAAAAGUGUUCCUCUGUUAUAGAUGUUGUGGUGGUUUGUGAUGAGUCAAACAGCAUUUAUCCCUGGGAUGCAGUGCGGGCAUUUUUGAAAAAAUUUGUACAAGGCUUAGACAUAGGCCUUAACAAGACCCAGGUGGGUUUAAUUCAGUAUGCUAAUGAUCCUCGAGUAGUCUUCAACUUGAAUACAUACCAAACCAAGGAUGAAGUUGUUAAAGCAAUGGAGAGAACGUUUCAGAAGGGAGGAGAUCUCACUAAUACUUUCAAAGCCAUUGACAAUGCAAGACAGUAUGCCUUCUCAGCUGAGUCGGGAGGACGCCCGACUGCCACAAAAGUCAUGGUUGUUGUGACAGACGGUGAAUCACAUGAUGGCUCCAACUUGAAAACAGUGAUAGGUAAAUGCAAUGAAGACAAUAUAACCAGAUUUGGCAUUGCUGUUUUGGGAUACUUAAUAAGGCAUGAACUUGAUACUAAAAACUUAAUUAAAGAAAUCAAGGGAAUUGCUAGUCACCCAACAGAAAAGUAUUUCUUCAAUGUGUCGUCUGAGGCUGCACUGCUGGAAGAAGCAGGAACACUUGGAGAACGCAUUUUUAGUAUAGAAGGUACUGACCAAGGUGAUACCUUCCAAAUGGAAAUGUCACAGGUGGGCUUCAGUGCAUACUACUCACAAAAAAAGGAUGUUCUGCUGCUGGGUGCAGUUGGGGCCUAUGACUGGAGUGGAACAGUAGUUCAGGAGUCUUCAGACAGAGCCAUCACCUUUCCAAGCCAUGUGUUUGAGAAGAUUCUACAGGACAGAAAUCAUAGCUCAUAUCUAGGUUAUUCUGUUGCUGUUCUCUCAACUAUGAGCUCUGUCUAUUUUGUUGCUGGCGCACCAAGAUCCAACUACACUGGCAGAGUGGUGGUUUAUAAUGUUGACAGUGAUGGUAAUGUUGCAAUUGUGCAAUCACAGAGAGGAGAGCAGAUUGGCUCCUACUUUGGCAGUGUGGUGUGUUCAGUUGAUGUUGACAGGGAUUCUGUGACAGAUGUGCUGCUUGUGGGUGCACCAAUGUUUAUGAAUGACCUGAAGAAGGAAGAAGGGAGAGUAUAUAUGUUUUCCAUCACAAAGAGAAUCUUGGAUCAACAAGAACUCUUGGAAGGUCCACAGGGGUCAGAAAAUGCACGCUUUGGAUCAGCAAUCACAGCACUUGCAGACAUUGAUUUGGAUGGUUCUAAUGAUGUUGUAAUAGGUGCGCCACUGGAAAACCAAAACUCUGGAGCAAUUUAUAUUUAUAAUGGAUUUCAAAAGACUAUACGUACUAAAUAUUCUCAGAAAAUCUUAGGAUCGGAUUCUGCUUUUGGACAAAAGCUCCAAUUCUUUGGAAGAUCAGUAGAUGGCCAUAGAGACUUAGAUGAUGAUGGCAUUACUGACGUAUCAGUUGGUGCUGAUGGAAAUGUGGUUGUGCUAUGGUCAAGAAGCAUUGCAAAUGUGUCCAUAACUGCUUCAUUUAAACCUGAGAAAAUCAGUCUGCUGAACAAGAAUACGGAUAUAACUGUCAAAAUAUGUUUUCAGGCUUCAUUUAGACCUGCUAAGAAAAAUAAUCAAGUAGCUAUAAAGUACAAUGCAACAUUGGAUGCAGAUCUCCAGUCCUCCAGAGUGACUUCUAGAGGAUUUUUCAAAGAAAAUAAUGAAAGGUACAUGCAGAGGGAUCUUGUGGUGCAUCAUGAAGAGAAUUGUGUUCAUGAUGUCUUCAGUGUACAAGAGCCUUCGGAUGCAGUGAAUUCACUUAGCUUGCGCAUUGACAUUGGCCUUGCAAAUCCUGGCUCCAGCCCUGUCCUGGAUAUAUCUUCUCCAGCAUCUGUGGCCUAUACUAUUCCUUUUAUUAAAGACUGUGGUGAAGAUGAACUUUGUAUCUGUGAUCUUGUUCUGAAUGUUCAGCAGAAGGCAGAUGACAGCAAACAACAGUUUAUUGUCAGCAGCAAAAACAGAAGACUAACAUUCAAUGUGAAAUUGAGAAAUAAAAAGGAAAAUGCUUAUAACACCAGAAUCCAGGCUACAUUUUCAGACAACUUGUUUUUCGCUUCAUCUUCUUUACCGAGUGAUGGGACUGAAGUCUUGUGUCAAACAGGAACAGCACAAAGUACAGUCAUUUGCCAAAUAAGCUAUCCUGUUUUCAGAACAGGACAACAGGUAUCCUUUGAUAUCAGCUUUAAUUUUAACCUUAAAAAUCUUCAGAAUGUGGCAGUUCUAAGUUUUCAUACAUGGAGUGAAAGUAAGGAACAGCAAGACUCGGACAACCAGGUCACCUUAUCAAUUCCUUUGCGAUACGAUGCAGAAAUUCACUUCACAAGGCUUGCCAAUAUCAACUUUUAUGAAGUAUACUCUGAUCAUAACAUUCCUUCCACUGUGAAUAAUUUUGAAGAUAUUGGCCCCACAUUCAACUUCUCAGUUAAGGUAAUAACAGGAAAUAUUCCAGUAAAGAUGUCAUCAGUAACAAUCACUCUUCCCGAACUGACCAGCAAAGGCAACCCACUGAUGUACCUAACUGCAGUCACCAUAGAUGAGGCCAGAGGUGUUACUUGUGAUGCUCAGAUAAAUCCACUGCAAAUAGGGAAAAGACCUUAUUCUCCAUCUUUCAUGAAAGAGAACUUCAGAGCUUCCAAAGAACUGAACUGUAAGAACGUGAAGUGCAGUACCAUCACAUGCAAAUUGGAAGACAUUGCACUGAAGGGAGAGUACUUUGUGAACAUAUCCACCCAAAUCUGGAAUGGAACCUUUGCUGCCUUAAGUUUCCAGACAUUACAACUCUCUGCAGAAGCAAAAAUUGAUACAAAUAACCCUGAGUUAUUUAUCAUUGGAGAGAACACCCUAACUAUCCCAGUUACAAUAAUGAAGCCGGAUGAGAAAGCUGAGGUACCAGUAGGUGUUGUGAUUGGCAGCAUAUUGGCUGGACUCCUCUUGCUGUUGGUACUGGUUGCUGUUUUGUGGAAACUUGGCUUCUUCAAGAGACAGUACGAGAAAAUGACACAGGAUAUAGAAGAUGUCGAUGAAAUUGCAGAACUCACAAAGGACAAAGACUGAAGAUGAGUUAGAUGGACAAAGAGGAGAUCUGAGCCACCAGUAGUAGUUGUGAUCAGGCAGUUCUUCAGCUGGAGUGCCUUAAAGCUUAGUAACAUUUAAACAUUUUUAAUGAAAGUGUCUUUAUAGAUUAAAUAUUUUACAGAUUCUACUCUAUUGUAAGAGUAACUGCAGGACAGUUUGGUUUUUUCAAAAAUGAUUUAUAAUGCCUUUUCUUGUAAAUUUUUGCCUUUCAAACAAACUUAACCCUUAGAACUGGCAGGUCCGGAGUAUACAGUAACAUACUGUUCCAGCAGCCCUUCUCUUGAUCUACUGUAGAGUGAAACAAGAAUUUAUUUCAGAUUAUUGUGGAACAGCAUCAGUUUGUAAUUCAGUUGACAAGUACCACAUGUGUUAAAGGACAUUUUCUAUUAAGUUGAUGAUGAAUGUGUGGUAAACACUGCUUCCAGACUGGAAGAAGAAAAGUCAUUUUUUCAUUGACUAGCUCCAUCCUUAUUGUUUUAGUAAAAUAAUUUCCACCAGCAAACCUUUGCUUUAACUAAUUUAUAAACUGGGAACUGUGUAUGAAGAUGUCUGUCUGGUUGCUAUAGGACAACUGGCUAGGCAAAGUCUUCCAAAAGUUCACCACAUUUCUUGCACUAAGGUUACAACUAAAUUACUAAAGGAUAUUGUUUGGGGGAAGUAUUGCCAAAUGAUAUGUAUAACUGUCUUCUGCAUACUUUCUCCCUGAGAAGAAAAGAUGAAUUUCAUAAUCACUUAUGGCAUGUUUUCUGCAACAUUAACACUCAAUUUUCAUCCUGAGAAGAACUACCACUACUGUUAUGCUGGCCUUUAUACUCUUGGUCCCUCUGAUACCAGUUUUGCUUUUGACAUAAAUAGAAAAGACAGUCAAGAUCUUGCCUUUAAUUCUGUACUGAAAGAUUUUGCAAGACUAAGAGCAUAGAUUGAACUAAAGGGGAUAGCUGACUGAGGAAUUAUGCACGUUACAAAAGGGGAUAGUGAAGAUCUAAGCUCUGUAAAAUGUUUACUGCACUUCUUUAGCAUCUCGGUGCCCUCCAGGAGACCAAAGUUCAGUACAACCUCCUUACCUGUCACAUUUUUUUUGGUCCUACCUGUUCAUGUCUUGGUGAAGUUAACUUAUGUUUUAUACGGUGAAGUACUGUAGUGCUCUGUAAUGAGCUCUAAGAGCAACACUUGAGUGACUUUGUGUUGGUUACACACCUCAAGUUUAUCACAUGCUGUUACGCUGCCUGGUUAUAAUGAAAGCUCGGUCUAAUAACGGCCCAUGCUGUAAGACUGGCAACAGGGGAAUUGGCCUUUUGGCUGCCUUUCUCUCUCAUGCCUGGCAGUUACACUUACAAUUGAUUGGGAGAGAAGAUGUGUAUGGUUUUUGUAUGUAUGCUGCCAUGCCAGUGAGAUUGUUUCCAACUUGAGGUGAUUUACUUGAAGAGUAAAACAUGCAAAUGUGCCUGGUUGAGAACAUGAAUUCAUGGUGUCUUCCCCCCAAAACUGGAUUGUAAUUAUGCUUAGGCACUUUUCCAUUAUUUUCUGAGGGACUAGCCUUAAGCAUGUUUGAAAGUUUUACUCAGUCUUUUUUAAUAGCUAAUCAGUCAAAAGCCAACCAUCUCUUUGGCAAAUAACAGCUUCAUUUGCAGCAACAGCUGGAUUAUGCUCAGUGUAGUUUCAUAUGUGUUUUGAAUUUAUUUUGUAUCUAUGAAAUGUUAUGUUUUGAGACAUUUUGUUGUGGUUUUUCUAACGUUCUGAAAAACAAUUCAGAUUCUUAUAUCAAUUAUCAAACAAGAUUCUUGCCAUCAGCUGAGUCUGCAACCAAAACAAAUAUUUUAAAAGUGGAAAAAAAAAAUAGUAAUUGCAUAAAUCUAA